AUGUCCUCUGUCGCCACUGAUGGGCAAAGGAAGGGAUACGCUUCCGGUGUCCGCCACGACGUCACAGCGCAGUCGUCACCACCGCCACCAUCUCCAUCGGCAUCACUGCAGGCGAUUCUUGGAAUAUCGGACACACAGGCCGAGAUCAUAAGGAGCUCGGGACAAACCACCAAGACAGGUUUCGAUAACCUCAUUUCCGUCAGCGAUGGGGGCGACAGGCCAGGUACUAACGUAAGCUUUACAAAGUCGUCGCCGCCCCCUUCUUCCUGCUUCCCCAGAUUCCUGCUCCACGAACUCCACGCGGCUCCGGAAGAUGUAAAAUCUCUCGUGCUUCGAAGGCCCGUCGUUCUUGGUUGGUCAGCGGUGGCUGCGGGUAAGGUUUCGCGAUGGCUCCAGGAUUGUUUGGGGAUGAACCAAUCCGAGGUUGCGCGGUUGCUUCUGAGGCACCCAGAAGCGGGAACGAAAAGCGUCGAGAAUACCGUGGAGCCCAAGGUGGAGUGGCUACGCACAAAUCUCAACUUUGACGCAGCUGACGACGGUGGUGUGGUCAAACUGCUCUUACAUGCACCGCAGAUCUUGAAUCUGAGCGUUGAGAGGUCUUUGGAUCCUAUGCUGCGGUGGCUGAAGGAACGUUUGGGGGUUUCGUGUGAAGAGGCGGCCAAGAUCGCGCGCGAGAAUCCGACCCUUUUCUGGCUCAGCGUGAACAACAACCUCGAGCCCACUCUGAGGUGGCUGCUUAAGCGGCUAGACAUCAAGGACGAGGGAAUCGUCCUCGCGAUGGUGGCUGCCGCUCCGAAGAUCCUCUCCUUGAACACCCGCACCGGGAUAGAGCCCAAGCUGGCUUGGCUGAGGGAUAGCCUUGGCUUGAAUCCCCAGGACGUCUGCGAGAUCAUCCGCAGGGAGCCGACCAUCCUCUACAAGAGCGUCGACGACAACUUGAAACCAAAGCUGACCUGGUUGAAGAAGAACCUACAUCUCGACGAUCAGGCGGCUCGGGAGAUGUUUGUUGCCUUCCCAAGGAUGGCGGGGUCGAGCCUCGCCGGGAACCUUAAGCUCAAGGUCCCGUGGCUGCAGAAGUCGCUUGGUUUAGACUCAGGAGAAGCGGUAGUCUUAGUAAAGCGAGCCCCGGUGCUCCUGCAGUACAGCAUCGAGGAGAACCUGGAACCGACGGUUUCAUUUUUUCGGGCGGAAAUGGGCGCCUCCAUGGAGGAGCUAAGAGGUUCUGUGCAGCGGAACCCAAAGAUUCUGGCGUACAGCUUGGACGGGCGGCUGCGACCCCGCGUGGCGGCCAUGCGAAGAAGAGGGAUCCAGCCGAUUUUUUCAAAACACCUGAACCCCAUUAUCCGUUGGCCCGAUUCCAAGUUCCAAGGAUUUUUAGAAGGCUUCGGGAGUUGA